AUCGAAAUUUAAAAACAAGGGGCAAGAGACAAACACUUGCACGUACUUUAUUGAAUAUUUUGUAAUUAUUAUAAUAAUAUAAAAAUUGUGGUUUUAAACGAUUCAAUAUUUAAGCAACAUAUAUAAGUUAAAAAUUAACUGAUAUGUCCCGACGAACCCCGAUUAAAGCACGUGUAAAGGUGUGUAAUAAAUCUGUUUUUCACCUUCAAGAUAAAAAGGCUGAUGAAAAUGAACUAUCAAUUGGCUUAAUUAAAUCCGCUAAGCGUACAGGACAGCUGAGCUUAUGUAACCGGGGCUUGGGAACUGUACCUGAAAAUGUUUGGAAAAUUGAUGAACUUGUUAUGGACGAUACCAGGGAGGUGGACUUUGCCAGAUCAAAUCAAAGUAAUUGGUGGAACUGUGAACCUUUAAAAAUGUUAGACCUCAGUUCCAAUGUUAUUAACACUAUAUCUCCAAAUGUCAAACUGCUGCAAGAACUUGUUACACUCAAGUUGCAUGACAAUGCAUUAACAUCUCUACCAUCAGAAUUAGGACAGUUAAAAAACUUAUCAAAUCUAAGCUUGGACCAUAACAAAAUAAAAGAGUUGCCAAUAGAAUUUUAUAAAUUAAUAGAAUUGCGAUGGCUAAGCAUAUCCCACAAUGAAUUGAACAAAAUUCAAGCUGAUUUUGGAGAUUUGGUUAUGCUCACAUUUUUGGACCUCUCCCAUAAUAAAUUACCAUCUCUGCCACCUGGUAUGGGAUAUCUGGUUAGACUAGUGGAACUUAAUUUGUCACACAAUGAACUUAUGGAACUACCACCAGAUAUUGUUAAUUUGAGAGAUUUGAAAAAAUUUAACAUUAGCAACAAUAAUUUAAAGAAGCUACCACCAAUGGGUGAGUUGAGAAAAAUGGAGAUAUUUGAUGCAAAUCACAAUGACAUUGAACAGUUGCCUGAUUUCUAUGGGUGUACAGCAUUGAAGGAAAUAUAUUUAGCCAACAAUUUUAUUAAGGAAAUUACUGAGGAAUUUUGCGACCAAAUGCAACAUUUAAACGUGUUAAAUAUAAGAGAUAACAAAUUGGAAGUAAUACCAGAAAACAUAUCAUUGCUGAAGAAACUAAAGAGACUUGAUUUGACAAACAAUAAUUUAAAUAAGUUACCGCGUAAUCUAGGCUUGUUGUCCCAGUUACAAAGUAUUAGUAUGGAGGGCAACAAAUUGUCAUUCGUGCGUCAGGACGUAAUUCGAGGGGGGACUGAUCGCAUGAUGAAAUAUUUGCGGGAUCGCAUCACAGAGGAAGUCGUUGGGGAGACCAGAUACGAAUCUGAAUGGCCAGAUAAGUAUACGUUAAAAAAGAGUCAGUCCCUGACAGUGCCAUCCCGUGAACUGACGUUAGUACCCGACGAAGUGUUCCGAUCUGCGGCAGAAGCUGAAGUUCAUAUAGUGGAUAUAUCUGGGAACAAGUUGCAAGCUUUUCCAAAAGGUAUUUCAAUGCUAAGCGAUACGUUAUGCCAGCUAAUAUUAUCAUCAAACAGUAUUGAGAAUGUUCCGUCUGAGAUAAGCCGAUGUUGCCAUCUGCAGUUUCUCGAUCUGGCCAAAAAUUGUAUUGCCGAUCUCCCCAUAGAACUUGGAAGUUUGAAAAAUUUGAGAGAACUCGUCAUAACCAAUAAUAAGUUCACAAAAAUCCCGCGAUGUGUAUACGAGUUGGACAAUUUGGAGAUUCUCUUGGCUGCAGAAAACCAGAUCACAGAGAUCAAUAUAUCCUCGGAUGCUCUCGCAAAGCUUAAGAAGCUUGCUGUACUGGACCUUACCAAUAACAGUAUUAUUAGCGUACCUCCAGAGCUUGGCAACUUUACACACCUCAGGUCAUUAGAACUGAUGGGUAAUUGCUUUAGACAACCUCGACACGCAAUACUUGCGAAGGGAACCGCUUCGAUUCUGUCUUAUCUCAGAGAUCGGAUACCUGUCUAGCUUUAUUCCGCUUUCCGAAAUCUUUCAAUAUCGCUUUAAAUCGUUCAUCCGCUUGCAUACAAUGUAUGUAUAUUCAAGAAAUUUUAAAGAAGCUCAAAAUGCUUGUGCCAAAUUGGAACUAUUGAAAGGUUUUUGAUGCUUAAAGGGGCUUAUUGCAGUGUUAUUUUUAUAUCGGCUGCUAUUUAUUAUUUUUUGUUAUUUACUUUUGUUAUUUAUACUGUUGUUAAAAUUGAAUUAUUCAAACCAAAGUAAAUUAGUCAAAAGGUUCGUGUACCUGAAACCGCCGAAUAUUUUUGUUGUAUUUUAUUUUUUUUGGUUUUUAUAGGCGAAAAAAUCUACAAUUGAGGCUAACUUACAUGUAGUCUAGGCUAAGAUAUAUAUAACCAUAAGUGUGAACUAACCCCUUUAUGUAACUACAUAAAAUUCCUGAGUUUUAUACUCUGUAAACUUGGUUUUAAUAUUAGCCAGUAAAAUAUUAUUUUAACUUCAAAUAUUUUGCCGAUUUAGCUAUACAAAGUCUUAUGUGAUCAUUA